AUGUUACCUGUUUCGCUUCUUAAAGCUGCAACAAAUUUGCCUAUGCUAGUGGAAUUGAAAAGUGGUGAAACAUACAACGGUCAUCUUGUAGCUUGUGAUGAUUGGAUGAACAUUCAUUUGAAAGAAGUCAUUUGCACAUCUCGGGAUGGCGACAGAUUUUGGAAAAUGCCAGAGUGUUAUAUACGUGGGAGUAUAAUCAAAUACCUACGAAUUCCAGAUGAUGUGAUCGAUAAGGUGAAAGAAGACUUACAACUUGCAAAAAUGCGCAAUCGUUCUCAGUCUUCAGAUGCGGGACGGGGAGGCUUUAAUAGAAACAAAGGCAAAGGUCGUGGUGGUAAUGUUCUUGCAAAUAGGGGUCGUGGAGGAUCGGGCCGCGGUGGGAAUGUAGCCGGUGGACCAGGGCGAGGUGGUGGAUUUCGUGGUAAAUAA